GAGGCAUGCGCAGUCGUUCGCGCGGGCGACGGGCUGAGAAGGAGCAGAAAAUGGCGGCGGCUGUGGCGGCGGCGGUUUCGGAAGGCGGCGCCAAGAUGGCGGAGGCCGGGGCCUUGGCCGGAGGAGGGAUGGCGGCGGCCAACGGGGCUGGCAACGGCGUCGGGGAGGGCGUCCCCAAGAGUGAAAGUGAGCGGCCAACCCAGAACGAGAAAAGGAAGGAGAAAAGUGCCAAGCGUGGAGGAGGGAGUCGCUUUGAGCCCUAUGCCAGCCCUUCGAAAAGAUACCGGGCCUUCAUUACCAACAUCCCCUUCGAUGUGAAGUGGCAGUACCUCAAAGAUCUAGUCAAAGAGAAAGUUGGUGAGGUAACAUACGUGGAGCUCUUAAUGGACGCUGAAGGAAAGUCAAGGGUAAGUCUCCGAGAGAAUUUCUUCCGUGGAUUUUUACUACAUGACCAAAAAAAAAAUAAUGAUAAAAAAAUAAAUAAUGUAACUGUUAACGGUGUGGAACCAAAUGAACUUGGGAUGCGUAGUGUGUAUGGUUUUAUCGUCGGCGCUGCCCCAGAGCUGCUUGGUGUGGGGUGGGAGGAGGUGAACAUGGGGCAUGUUAGACGCAGCAGCAACUCUCUGCUGCCCUCCUUUGGUGUUUGGCUGUAUGACUUACGCAUGGGUCCUUGUGUACUUUCUUUACUGGUACAUGAACGUCCAAAUCCUUAGCCUAAAUGUUUCUCGUGGUUCUCGUUGCUGACCUUUGUAAGCUCGGUGUGGAAGAGAGAGAGGUUGCAUAAAUGUCAGAACUCCAUGGCAGUCUGUGUCUAAAUGUAAAAAACGAAGAUA